AUGGAGCUGGAGGGAGCUGAACUCUGCUUUCCUAAACUGCCCAAUACCUCCUGCAGGAGGCCAGAGCCUCCACACCUUGACACUCUGCUUAUUAGUAUUUUACUAUACUCCAUUGCUCUCAUCACUGCAGUUCUCAACCUGCUGGUCAUCAUCUCUAUCUCCCACUUCAGGCAGCUCCAUACUCCCACAAACUUCCUUCUACUCUCUUUGGCUGUCUCAGAUUUUCUUGUGGGCUCUCUGGUGAUGCCAAUUGAAAUACUCUUGACACAGACCUGCUGGAUGCUGGGUGAUCUCAUGUGUGUGCUGUAUUUUCUGUUACCGGUCAUCAUAGUCGCUGCAUCUGUAGGAAACAUGGUACUCAUAUCUGUUGACCGCUAUGUUGCUAUUUGUGAUCCUCUGCAUUACACAGUCAAAGCCACUCAACGACUUGCAAUAAUAUGUAUUUUAUUGUGUUGGACUUGUUCUGUUGCCUACAGCAUUUUCCUUUUAUAUGAUAACCUGAAGCAGCCAGGCAGGUAUAAUUCCUGCAAUGGGGAUUGCGUGGUCAACAUUACAGGAGUUGUUGAUCUUGUUGUCAGAUUCAUUCUUCCCAUUACUGUCAUCAUAGUUCUGUAUAUGAGAGUAUUUGUGGUGGCUGUGUCUCAGGCUCGUGCCAUGCGAUCCCAAAUUGCAACUGUCUCUCUGAAGACUGGUCAAGUCAAGAAAUCUGAGAUAAAAGCAGCCAGGACACUUGGUAUCCUUGUAGUUGUGUUUGUGAUCUGUUACUCUCCAUAUUACUGUGUGUCUCUUGUAGGCCAUGAAAUCAUGGUUGGUUCUAAAACUGAGGUCUUCAUGAUGUUUCUGAUUUACAUUAACUCCUGUCUAAACCCUGUAAUUUAUGCCCUUCUCUACCCUUGGUUUAGAAAAACUAUCAGGCUCAUUGUUACAUUUCAGAUCCUACGGUCAGACUCCCAUAUGGCCAACAUUCUGUAA